AUAAAAAUACCAGUACUCUAUCAUGAACAGUGGCCACCGCACUACCCGGACUUUGCCCGCUUUGACUAUGACGGAGCCUCAUACUAGAUACGACUCAGAUAGGAUCAACGAAGAUUGUUCUUUGCUGAUGGCCUCAAACACUUAGGCAUCUAUGAGUCAGUAACCAUCAACUUUAUGGCGUGUGAACACAGAUGGCUUUUUAACCUCCAUUUCACUCCUCCGCUGGAACAACAAGCAUGCGGCAGACCCCUACUAGCAGCUAGAAUGCAUGUCUGGACUCUUGAACUCACACAGUCCCUGCUUGGUGAUCCUAAACCAUUGGUGCUUCCACCUCUUGUAGCAAUACAUCUUCCUUCUUGCGGUUUUCAUAUGACGAUUUUAAGAAGGUUCGGCCCUCCAUUGCAAUGGCCUGUCCUUCCAGUUGGCCCUGGCUUUCAUGACAAGUGUGUUGCUCGACCAUGGUACCGGUUUCUCGCUUAAGGUGAUUUUGUUCAUGGAGACGAGCUUUCAUUCUACUACAUGCCUUUUGACGAUAUUUGGGAAGUAGUUAUUAGGAAACAAAGAAAUUGGGGUGACA